CUCUCUCUCUCUCUCUCUCUCUCUCUCUCUCUCUCUCGGGCAGUGUAUGAUAACAUUCGUAGUGAUAAGGACCGAAAGAACUUAAAAUCGAAGCAGUGUGCAUAGCGCCAUCUGCGAGCUACUGCCAACACCACGACACUUCACCGCCUCCUCAGCCUUGCGUCACGCCGCCACGUCACGCCCCACGCAAGCAUAGUGAUGUAAAGUCCUCAGGUGCCCCGUGGAUCCUCCCAGCUGUGGAUACGUGAGCGGAGAUAUUGUAAAGGUGUUGGCGGCGCUUUGACGGCGGCAUUGCGUGAUGGCGGUUCAAAGAUAGCGGCCUUUGAUAUUCACCGACCGUAGCCCCUUGAGCGAAACUUGGAUUUGGCACUCAAGGUCGCUAUGAAUACUUCGCUGUUGCUUGUGGGAGAUUGACAUGACGAUGACUACACUGUUAGUGAGCCUUCGGAGACUGAAUAACAGCUCGUCUGAGGAAACACAGUCCCCAUGCCAGCCUUGAGGACCCCAGGUAUAUAAUCACCCCGCCGGACGCUGGGAGGGCAGUGCGUGCGUAGCCGUGUUGGGCGGCCAUCGUGGAGCGUGAUCUUGCGUCGCCUCGUGUGCGGUCAUAUAAAAUUACUAUUUUACGCUGACACUUAGCCAUGACAGUGUUUUAUGCGAUAGUUACUCAGUGUCUCGUAUUACUCUCGCUAUAAGAACACACUGGACUUUUCUGAAGAUUGCAAGAAAGAUAAGUGUUUUAUGAAUCACUGAACUAGUAUAACUCAUUCUUUCCUACACAAGAACGCGCCAAAUGCCCUUGAAAAUUGCGAGAUAGAGAUAUGACAGUGUUUCAUGGUUCAUUUAACCAGCGAUCCUCAUCAGGCUUGUUAUAAGAACACGCUAAACAUUUCCGAGGAUCGCAAAGAAGACUUGAACUUUACUCUGCCGUAACUUCCAAGGGAGACGAGGGGCGUUACCAUGGCUGGCCCUGUGUUAUUGCUAUUGACAUUUCUAUUGUUUCCACGCCUCGGUACUGCAUUUCUAGGGCGUGGCACCUUCCUAGAGAACGGUGGUGACAUCUUCAAUCUGUACUGCGAUGAUUUUGAUAAAGACGUGCAAGUGUGGCAUCACCGGGAGAUCACGAGGGAGGCGGUGAGGCGUGCCGUGGUCAGCUACUUCAAGGAGGUGACGCCCGCCGGAAGGACGUACAACCACAGGGACGGCAUGACCCUAGAGGAGGCAUAUGAGGAGUACUACGGCCCUACCUACUCCCCAAAACCAUUCCUGGACACUGUCUCUAAGCUGGUGGACGCGGCGGCUGAAGUUGACGCAGGCUUGUUGGGGGCAGAUCCCAGGUAUCACUUUGGGAAUGAGAGAUUUUCCGAGUCUCAGAUGAUGCUAACGGGGCGGUGGCGGCGGAUGAUAAGCGCAGGGCGAGCUGGCGACUAUGACGCCGCGCGCCAACUGUUGGGCCUUUCCCUGGGCACCAUCCAAGACUUCUACUCCCAUACCAACUGGGUCGAACUCGGGAACAAGGACUUCAAUAGAAACGUUGGUGUCACAGGUAAGGACUUCCUCAAUGUAGCCACCGAGAGGGAACACACGUGCCAGGACUGUGAAGACGGAGCAGAUGGUAGAGGCUCCUGCCGCAACAACAUUCUGGAAGAUAUCUUAAGACAGGGCAGGCUCACCUCUGGCUACAUCGAGGAUAUGGUGGUAGAUGGAGCCAGGGUGGGGAAGCCGAGGGGAGUAGAUAAGUGCAGUCAUGGUGGGCCAAGAGACAGGUCAAGGGGAGAAGGAGCAAGAGGUGGCAUCAACAAGGAGCUCCCAACAUCCUGCUUCUCCCCUCAUCACUAUCUACAUCAGAGGGCGGCUCAGCAGGCAGUAGAGGCCACAGAAUAUUACCUCACCCUGGUGCGUGGGAGUCUGGGCACCCCUGCCUUCUCUCGCCUGCUGGGCCUCCACCCAACCCCUGCCAUUGUGGUAGUUCUGGACACCACUGAAUCCAUGGGUCAAGAACUCAAGGCUCUCACCCGAACCUUCUCACGUUUAAAUGACCAACACUCCUCGGCAGACUACCCACCCUCUGAGUACCUCUUUGUGCCCUUCAAUGACCCAUUGUAUGGGCCUGUAGUAAGAUCCCAACACCCUGCGGAGAUCUAUCGCACUCUGAGUCGGCUGAGGACAGGUGGAGGAGGAGACGAGGCUGAGCUGAGCAUGUCAGCACUGCGUCUGGCCCUGCAUCACGCGCCGCCCCACUCCCACCUCUUCCUGUUCACGGAUGCUCCCAUCAAGGACCAGGAGUUUUUUGAGACUGUUGUUACACUUGCACACUCCAAGGCAGUCAAGGUGACUCCAGUGAUAACCCUCCCUACAAGCUUUGGAAGAUUUGCUGAUGAGGAAGACUUCAGUGCCUACAGUGUAUUUGGUGAUGAGGAGACUGAGGUGAUUGCAUACUCCUCUCAGGAACUGCAGACUGAGUUAAGCCAAAUAACAAACAACAGCAGUGAAAUCAGAAGCACAAACAGUAGACCAAAGCGACAAGUGAGAAACUACAGCAAGUAUGAGGAGCUUGCGGAGAAGACAGGAGGCCAUGUGGUGCAGGUGGAGAGGGGCAGAGUGGAGGAGGUGGCCCGCAUGAUGGAGGUGGAACAGUACCCUGCGGCUAUUCUGUGGCGAGCCUUGAGAUCAACAGCAAGCCAAGUUGUGAAGAUACCUGUUGACUCUCUAGUGAGGGAGAUCGAGGUGUCCAUCUCAGGAGGUGUCAACUCUGCCACUUUAUCUUCCUCAGGUGUAAGAUUUGACCUUACAUCCCAGACAAAUGACCUUAAGGGAUACACAGUGGUGGUUUCAACACCUUUCUUCCUUCAGGUUCGCAUUGACAUGACACAGCGGCAGCAAUACCUUGGAGACUGGACACUGACUUUUGAGCCGAGACGUGUGUGUUCAGUGACAGUCUCUGCCCGCACUCCACUGGACAUUGCACCAGCUUUCUACCUUCCAGAUGAACGUUCCUUCCAUCCUUCCCUCCAGCGAGUCCCAGACCAUCCAAGCCAAGACUUGAAUUCCUACCUGGAUGUGGUCAUCACUGGCGUGGAUCGUGCUGGUCUGAGGCAGGUGGAUGAGGCGCGACUACUGGACAGGUCAGGUAGUGAAGCACGUUUAAUCCUUCCCACCUCCUCCCCUCGCCGGAAUACUUACCUCAGCCUUGCCACCAGGGAUCUGCCACAGGGGAGGUUCACAGUGGCCCUCUUCGGGAAGGAUGGUUCAGGUCGGCGUUUCCGUAGGGAGAGCGGGGCAUCUUGGGAGAGAGUGGAAUCUGUGAUAUCCUUCCCACUGGGCCGGGAAAUCUGGGGUCCUCCGGGGGCUAUUCUCAGAGUGCCAGUCUCCAUCACCAACACAGACACAGCCCCUGGUGCCUCCAACACUUACUUCCUGACUGCUAAUGAUGCUUUUGGCUCCUCAGUCAUUCUGGACCAGCAGAGGGUGACUCUGGGACGGAAUGAGACAGCCACAGUGCAGGCAACACUGUACAUUGAUCCUCAAACACUGCCCCGGACCACCAACAGCCUGGUGGUGAGUGCCAUCUCCACCCGGGGUGACACCUCCCAUGCACGGGCCCACAUCUCCGUCACACCUUUUGUAAUUGACCGCAUUCCUCCAACCUGUGAGGUUGUGUCCAAGGUGUCGUGUUCAAGCAGUGACCUGACAUCCAGCUCCUGCUCCCAAAGUCGCUGGUCCAUGCGGUUCACAGUCCGGGACAAUAGAGGAGUGUUUCUUGUGGAAUCUCAACCCGAUGCCAACUUUCCAAAUUUUGCGAGUGGUCAAACAGAAGUGACGCUGCCGUACUCUGCCUCGUGCUGUGAACCCGGAGUCACCAUUGUGGUCACUGACAUUGAUAACAAUUUUGCUACUUGUGAAAUUUAUAAUGGGGAGCUGGGAUCCUCUCAAGGCACUGCACCACUGACCACAGCAGCCAUCACUGGAAUUGCCGUUGGCUCAGUCUUACUCGUGCUUAUAAUCAUCGCAGUCAUUGUUAUCUUUGUCAUCUAUCGCCGUAGAAGCAGGAAGGAGGAUGUCACCACAAGAGCACCCCGAAGGCUGUCCAUGGAAUAGGGGUGCGUGAGGGAACACUCAGUGCCGGCAGCAAGGGUGGAGUCUUUACCAUCAGCAGGAGACGAGAGACAUGAUCAACUUUAUGAAGAACCUAUUUUCCCCUCUUGCAGUCACACACAGUCACAUCUGAGGAGAGGCUCUUGGGUUUCAGAAUCCUCUGUAAGUACAAGUUUAGAUUCCUUUUCAUCUUCAUCUGACAGAAGAGAAAGUUGCCACAGAGGACACAGUUCAACCCCAAGACAGUCACGCUUUCAGUCCUUUGCACCUUCCAGUGGAGGAAGUGAGUCAACAAGGUCUUCAGUCACUUCUUCUGCCUUGUCAAGAACAUCCUAUGAGUUUGGGUACUGGAAAGUGAAAUUCCUGCGACCACCUUCAGUGUUCACAGUGAAUAGAGCAAGUCAGUCAGAGGCGUGAGGAAUGGAUUUACUUUUCAUUGUAGUGAAUGAGACAAAGGAAAUAUUUUAAAGAGAAGAAAUACAAUGCAAUUAUAUACAGACACAAACAGAGGCAGUCAUUGUGGCUAGAUACCACUGCAGAGGAAAAGCGCAAGCUGGUACCAUCAUUCACAAAUCAACAAUAUAAACCUGCAUGCAAAAGUUGGGUAAUUAGUAUUUACAUUUCUGAUGGCUUUUAUCAAUCAGUGAAACUAAAAAGCAAGGACCUUCACACAUCUUGCCUGUGGUGAUGAGCUGCAUGGUGCUGAUGGCAGCACUUGUUAUAGUGAUGGAGGAAUGUCAUUUUGUGUUCAGCACCUGCUGUGUGUUCCCUCAUGGAUUUAUUUAUGAAACUUAUUUCUGUAUCAAUACUUUUAAUGAAAAAUUUUGUAUUUAAUUGGAUGAUCUUUAACUGUAUUAUUGUAUAGUGAUGGUUUAAUACUUAGAUUCUGAAUCUAUUCUGUGCUUUCAUUGAGGGCAGGAAAUAGAAUUCUUAUUAUGAUGAUCUUGAUUGCCUUAAGUCAUAAAAUAUCCCUUGCAAUGCUUUCAAGCUGCAGGUAUCUGUAAAGUUAGGUUCUCCAUUGCAUUGGAUGUCAUUUCUAGGUUACAGGAAAAGGGAAACUUAUACAGUAAGAAAGUAAAUAUAAUAUAAUUAUAAUCUUUAUGAAACAUUCCUUGUCUACAUGACUGUAAACAUGUUUCAGUCAAAGUCUGUUAGUCUUUGCAUGUUUAUAUAGUAUGUAAUAUAUUUAUAUUGUAAGAAAUACAUUCAUCCUAAGAAUAACAGAAGCAGAGCCAUUUUAUGUACCUGUGAAUAUACAUGUGUUUUCAUAUAAACUUUUUUUUAUAUUACUUAUUGUUAGUCUCCUCUCUAUAACUUCAAGGGAAUAUCCUUCCAUCCACAAGAAUGUUCAAGCCAUUGUAGUCACCGUCAGCAACAAGUACGCUGCACAUGCCAGAGGGACUGCUCCUUGCUGUCCAUCUUGGUAAUGAGACAAAGGAAUUUCAACUGUAUUUAGUGUUGCUUCCUACUGUUGAACAGCCAAUUACUCAAUAAAGGCUAGAAAUUUGC